AUGAACGCUUCAGAAGCCGUUCAACGACAACUCAAAGACGACUGGGAUAAUCGCGAGUUUGAGCAGAUCAUUGCCGAUAACAUCAAAAGCAUCGCUAACUUCUUAUCCAGCUUCGAACUCUCGUGCAAAAGCAAACUAGCCACACUCAGCGACAAAAUCAACCUUUUGGAACGAAAGGUUGAAUUUCUGGAAGCGCGAGUCACGAAAGGAGACACUCUUUCUUAA